UCUCUCUCCGCAUCAAAUCAAAUGCUCAUCAAUCACGAACUCUGUCAAACACACGAACAAACUUGUUAAAAGCUUUUCAAAUCGAUCUCUAGGGCUUUUACUUACACCUUCACUUUCUUCUAAUCAAAAUCUAGGGUUCUUGGUGUAGGCAUAAAUGGUGAACAAUCAUCAAGACCGCAUAGGCUCCUACUUUCUGGAGCUAUGGAAGCACAAUUCCAAGGCUUCGAUGGAGAUGGAGGUGGAGGAGGAGGCCGAGGAGGAGUCUCCGACGGAGCUCAACACGAUCAACACCUACGGUGGUUUCUUGAAUGUGUUUCCAGACAAGCUCUCUGUGCAAUACACAAAUGUGAACUUGCACGGUCAUGAUGUUGGAGUUGUCCAGGCCAAUCGUCCCGCCCCUGUGAAGCGCCUUGUCUACUACUUCGAGAUUUACGUCAAGAACGCUGGCGCCAAGGGCCAGACUGCCAUCGGAUUCACCACCGAGGGUUUCAAGAUGCGCAGGCAACCCGGGUGGGAAGCAAACAGUUAUGGAUAUCAUGGAGAUGAUGGAUUUCUUUAUCGUGGGCAAGGAAAGGGAGAGUCAUUUGGCCCAACAUUUACAACUGGUGAUACAGUUGGUAGUGGUAUCAACUAUGCUUCACAGGAAUUCUUUUUCACUAAAAAUGGGGAGGUAGUGGGAACAGUGUCUAACGAUGUGAAGGGUCCCUUAUUUCCUACUAUUGCCGUUCACAGCCAAUAUGAGGAGGUCCAUGUCAACUUUGGGAAUGAACCCUUUCAGUUUAAUCUCAAGGUAUUUGAAGCGCAGGAAAGAGCGAAGCAACAGACAAUGAUUGAGAAAAUGUCUAUACCACAGAAUGUCAGUUACGGAUUAGUUCGCUCCUAUUUACUGCACUAUGGGUACGAGGAUACACUCAAAUUAUUUGACAUAGCUAGCAAAAGUUCUCUUCCUCCCAUCCCGUUAGCUCAAGAAAACGGCUUCAAUGAGCAAGACAACAUGUAUGCAUUAAACCAAAGAAAGGCUCUUCGACAGCUAAUCAAGAAUGGCAAAAUUGAAGAUGCAUUUGAUAAACUUCGCGAUUGGUAUCCUCAAAUUGUUCAGGAUGAUGCAUCGGCUACCUGCUUUCUGCUUCAUUGUCAAAAAUUUAUUGAAUUGGUUCGGGCUGGAAGGCUUGAGGAAGCUGUGGCAUAUGGAAGGAUGAAAUUUGAUAAAUUUUAUAGACUGAAUGAAUAUGAAGAGCUAGUUAAGGACUGUGCUGCUUUGUUGGCAUAUGAACAACCACAGAAUUCCUCGGUUGGUUAUCUCCUUGAGGAGUCACAACGAGAGAUGGUGGCUGAUACUGUCAAUGCAAUGGUCUUGUCUACGAAUCCUAACGUGAAAGAUUCACAGGGUUGCUUGCAUUCAUAUCUUGAGAGAUUACUCAGACAACUGACUGCUUGCUACUUGGAGAGGAGGUCCUUGAAUGGGGAUCAAGGCGAGGCUUUCCAUCUGCGCAAGGUACUUAACAGCGGUAAGAAGGAUUAGCUUUAGCUGAGAAAUUAUUUUCUCCCUCAUCUCUCACCUUGUUCAUAUAUGUCCGGCCCUACUGUGUUUCAUGAACCACAUAGAAGUGAUAAAGAGAUUGUUCUUCUUGUUCCGUAUACUGAGCAGAGGACCCCUGCUUGAUUGGUAUUCGUGAUAUUUGUUCCCUUUGGUAAAUUGGGGUGUUCUCUAUCCUCUCGUAUAAGUUGUAACCUCAUGAACUCAACCUUGAAUGAAAUUUAGUAGUUGAACUGAAUCAUAGUGCACAGGUAAUAUGGUUAUAUCUUACCAACUAGUUUGGUACUUAAGUUGUUUUGUCUCUCAUAGUUCAUUCCA